AUGAGAGAUCACGACGUUCAGUCUUGUGUUCAUUCACUACAUUCAUUCGAUCAACCUAUGACAGCAACACCUCCACCACCCAAACAAACAAUUAAGAGCCUUUUAGGUAAACUAAACGAUGAGGUUUACCUCAACAGCUAUACACUUUUAUGUACAGAAUGCAAAUAUGUUUUUUCGAGCAAUGAUGUCUUUGAAAGGCACCACCUAAAAAAAGAGGGUACUCAUGUAGAAUAUCGACUCGAUUUUAGCCCCCAACUCAGAACCAUCAUGAACAUGGCCGCUCACACUCUGACCCCUGGACAGUUGGUAGAGGAAUCAAAUAGAAGGUUGUUUGAAGUCGCCGACCCAGAUCUAGUGAUUAGAGAGGGAACUAUUCUAGACCCUAGCAUCCCUAUCGUCAGCUUUAUCGGUGACUCUGGUGUAGGAAAAUCAACACUCAUCAGAAAGUUUGUAGAGAAUAUGUUGGAAUGGCCAUCCAGCUCAAACCAAAAAAAAGAUCAAACCUAUAACGGCACAUCCUCGAGCAUUACUUCCUUUAAUGGACGAUUACUAGAUGAAACCAAUAAUAAUAAUAAUAACGGUCGUCAAAUUUAUGUUUUUGACUGUGAAGGUUUUGAAGGAGGUGUUCCUUCAACUACUAUCAAUUAUGAAAAAAAUAAUCAAAAUAAUAAUAAUCAAAAUAAUAAUCAAAAUAAUAAUAAUAAUAGUGAUAAUAAUGAUAGACCAUACUGUUUCUAUACCCAAUUGGUUCAUACUUUUCAACAGUCAAUGGAAACCCUAAACAACAUUCUCAACCAUUUAACAAAUAACCAACACCAAAAUAACCACGCUCUCGACACGAUAAUAGGGGGUAUCAAUGCUUACAACAAAAUAGCCAAAAUAAUCAAAACCAAAGACAUUGUAGACUAUUUUGGCUUUUCUCACCACGGUGCCACACUUUGUACUCACUGUUUGGUGUGUCAAAAUGACCAAUGUGAGCCAUGCGAGGGAAUGUGGACACAUUUUGUUUCUCGUUUUGUCAAUGGUCAAAACAACAGGUUGGUCAUAUCCGACAAUUGCAUCUUGCAUCUACUCGUCAUUCUCCACCAUUUAUCUGUGGCCACGGGGAGACCAGUCAACGAUAUGUUUCUUGGUGGCAUUCAAAGUACUGGUGGCCUGUCUGAUCAUGUAGUCACCUGGCUCCAAACAAAUACCCCAACCCAAUUGAUCCACCAACACCAGGCACUCGGCACCCAAGCCUUUCUCGAUGAAAUGGCCCCAGGCAGUGGCCAAGAAUUUCAUGGUCAGCUGGUAUGUGAUCACGAUAAUCACAAUCAACAACAACAACAAGACACACCACCAAACAGAAAUAUCCUCUUUUCAAAUUUCCACAAGGUAGCCUCUUUUGAAAACCCAAAUAUGUCUACAAGUAAUAAUAAUAUAGAUAAUAAUAAUAAUAAUAAUCAAAAUAAUAAUAAUAAUAAUAAUAAUAAUAAUAAUAAUAAUAAUAAUAAUAAUAAUAAUAAUAAUAAUAAUAAUAAUAAUAAUAAUAAUAAUAAUAAUACUACUAUUGAUGUUUGUGAGUAUGAGCUCAGAGGAAAUCAACCACAGGGUCGUGCAAAACUGUGCGGAGACACUGCACAUUAUGUAAAGAUUGUAUCUAAAACAACAAGACUCUGUGAAAAACACUACAAAAUGGUAGCCGACCCAGAUGAGGAAGACUAUGAAGAUGAACUAUCAAAAAUGAUCACACUAUCAACAUUUAAACAACUUGAAUCGCUUGGCCUAUCUGGUCCCAACUCGACAGGUGACAUUGUAAAAGACAAGGAACAAGACCAAAGAUCAAAACUGUUCUUUUUCAAUCACCAACUAGCAAGACUAGAGUUUGGCGUUGGAUGGAACGAGUUGCAAAAGUUGGAGCACAUCUUGAUGGUGACUGUAGUAGGACCUAUGGGCUCUGGAAAGUCUGUCAUUGCCAAUAUGCUCUCUCAUAAUGACGAUCCCACUAAACCAAGAGCCAUUGUCAGAUCGAUGGCAUCGGCUGUAACCAGCUCUACCUCUUCAGACUACAACUCGUUUAUUGCCAGUAAUAUCGUGGUUGAAUCAACCGAUUUAAAACCAAAGGUUGUCGUCAUUGAUACCGAGACAGUCAAAGAAGAAGAGACUACAUCCUCAACCUCUCCAUACCUUGGUGAAACCAAUCAUGAAAAGGAAGCCUGCCACAAAUCCACCUCUCGUUUGCCCUAUUUAUGCGGAGAUGUCUUGGUCUAUGUCACGGCCGAUCCCAAAUCUACCCUUAAGAUUGCAACCGACGAAUUAAACAAAUACACCACCAUCAAUGAAACUGGUAUUAUCAAUCAAGUAAGAAGACCACAUCUUAUUCUUGUGUUUAAUCGACAGCCUGCUGGUGAAUCACACGAACCAGACUAUCAAGAGUUUUAUAAAAACGUUGGAGAGGAUUUUAAGAAUCUUUUCCGGUCCAUUCAAAUCGUUUCAAUCCCUACAUUUUCUUUGGAUCCAAAUCUAUGCCUUUCCCAACUCGAUAAAUUGAAAAACAAGGUCAAAGAAGCUGCAAACAAAUCUUUGGAAGAGAUUAUUGACAAAAAACAACAACAUCUCAUCAAACAAACCGAAAAGCUAAAGAUAAUAUUUAAAGUAAUCGAAAUUGUCAACACUACCCAAGUCAUUGACAUGGCCAAGUUUGAAACCAUCAAAAACAGAGCAAGCAGGGCACUUUUCAAAACAUUGCGCCUAUUAAUGGGUGGUGACCGAAACAAGUUUGUUGGUUCUGUUGGAAUUGUCAAAGAAUUGUUUGACCUCUCCCUUUUGGGUAGCCAACAUAAAACUCAAUUUGACAAAAUUAAAACAGAAUUGCAAGAUGAAAUUGAAAAUAAGAUUGCUCCUUGUCAAGAGAAAUGGGGAGUUCACUUUUGCUCCAUUUCCAAGGAAUCUCAUACUUCAGGCCAAGAAGAGUGUCAUAAAUAUGUUUAUGGAAAAAAGAUGAAAAAACUCCACAUUACCAAGGGUAAACACACAAAUACAAGCAAUUGGAAGGAUAUAUGGUCGAGAUAUAAUAUCACUGAAAAAGGCGAUGAAAGAAUCAAUAGGAGAACUACCCUAAACCAAAUGAUUGGAAAUGAGAUAAUCAAAUCUCUUCCAACCCAUACCGCUUGCUUUGGAUGCCUGUUUAACUUCCCAUCGCUCUUGCUCGACUGUGGCCAUUUUAUUUGCCCAGAGUGUUGGAAGUUUUACGGCCAAAUCAAAUGUCCCAUCUGCUUGUCAGCAACACAAGCCAGUCUGUCAAAUCAGAAACCGCCAAACCUAUCAGGUUACCGUAUUCUUAGUUUGGAUGGUGGUGGUGUCCGUGGAAUCAUGCCAUGUGUCAUUUUGGAUAAAAUUCAAACACAAUUGUAUGGUAUUGCAAUCCAUGAUUUGUUUGACCUGAUUGUUGGUACCAGCACGGGCGCUCUGAUUGCUCUUGGUCUCUCUCUUCCCAAUACGAGCAAUGACGACUACCCUCUUCUUCCAUUUCAACUAGAGUCCAAAUUUUCAACGCUAAGCAAAAAUGGCUUUGACAAAAAGUUUCUUGGAUCUAUUUUACGAUUCUGGAAUCUAGCAAAGUACGACCAAAAUGCUUUGGCAACAACACUCAACGAAUUUAUCCCAAAAGACAAACUCCUUUUACUUUCUGGUUUGAAAACAAGAAUUGCAACUGUAUGCGCUCCACGCAGCGCUCCUGGCAAAGCGACUCUAUGCCCAUCGUACAACAUUGACAACCAGAGGGAAUACGAGAAGCUGCCCACGAGUGAGAAACUUGGAACCUCGCCAUCUCCUAAAGAAUAUAAGAAAAGUGCCACCCCCCUAAAGGCUGCCCUUGCAUCUGCUGCAGCACCAACCUAUUUUGAAUCAGUUGAAAUAGGGGCCGAGUUUUAUAUGGACGGAGGUUUAUUUGCCAAUAACCCUUGCGAAAUAGCUUUUGAUGAAGGAUUUAACAUAUUUGGCAAAGAGAUGACUUGCGAUCUUUUACUUUCAUUGGGCACUGGCUCUGUAGACAACCCUAUAGACUUUGAAACGUCUAAGCUUCCAAUUAUGGCACUUGUCAAGUAUCUCAAAGCUGUCGCCACAAACAACAGCAAGAGUUGGAAAAGCUUGGAAAGUUCCCUUAAAAAGCUAAGGGCUCAAGCCAAUUACCAAGCCACAACGGCAAUCAGAAUCAACCCAACUCUAUCAACAAAAAUUGGGUUGGAUGAACAUGACAAGGUUGAUCAGGUUUUGGAGGAAACGGAAGAAGCCAUCAAAAAUAGCGUCAUUGUGGAAGUUAAAAAGGGUCAAAAGUCUGAAACCCUUAUUAAAGAUGAAAUUAUUGGAAUUCAAUACCAAAUCAAUCAAAUUUGUGAUAGACUAUUAUCAACAUUAUUUUAUGUCGAGCAAUAUGAUACAAAAACAACAGACAAAACAUUGGCUACUGUCACUAUCAAAUCUAGAAUUGCUCUUCCACCCUCUAUUACUCUACAAAUUAAUAGUCAAAGUUUUAAAGUACAACCAUACCAACAACGACCAAUCAAAUUUAUAAAUACAAAACUGGAGAAGGGACUAGACACCUCCCACCCAAUUUUCUCAUUCUCGGGUGACAUUCAAACAGCUGGCCUUGACAUUGAAGGGAAAUUAAAUAUUAUUUGUUGUAUUCCAUGUAAUCGCGAUUUAAGAUGGAAUAAUAACAAUUCAUUAAUUUCUGGUUGUCCAAUUCAAUUAACUGCGACAAAUAUAAAUAGAGCUUAA